AUUCGCACCGUGUUUGCGUUCACAACGGUUCGGGUUCUGCAUUUUAUUUUAUUAUUAUUUUUUGGUUUUCCUCCUGCUCCUUGCUUUGGUGCAGUUAAUAUUUCGUAUUUAGUGGGAAAAAGUUGGCGCCAACCACAAAUAUUUAAAGAAUCAAAAACAGAGACAGUGGCGCAGAAAUAGAGAGACUUGGAAGUUUCAGUUUAUGCUUAUGUUGAAAACGAAAUGAAAAACGCAUGCGGAAAAUUCGCAAAUGGACAUAUGAAUACGAAAGAGAAUUAAAGUAAGUAAAAAGUAUCAUCGCUGGCGUUUCGGUUUUGUGUAUGGUGUGUGUGCCUCUCUCUGUGUUUGUGUCUGUGUGUGUGUUUUGUUCAUUUCAUCGUAUUUGUUAUUCGGUUUUUCUAUCGUAUUCCCGAGACACUUCGCCGCAAUUCGGCUUUCGGCGAACGGCAAGACGAUUUCAAUGAAAAAGCAAAUGCGAAAAGUAACUCAAAAGUAAAACGAAAGAGACAACAGGGUAAUUAAACCACAUCAAGAUCAACAAAUGGGACCAAAUCACUCUGACUUGAAGUGGACAACACAAUUGCAAUCCGAACGGAUCCAGCUGAAGUUGGUGGAGUCAGUGCUAAAGUUGGGGCAUCCAUUACAAUCACUGGAGGCAGAGGUGUGGACAAAAUAGGAGCAGCCACAUCGACAGCAGCUGCGCAAGGUGACGGCCAGCCGCCGGUCGCCGGCUCGUCGAGGAUGUCAACCCGGAAACCAGCCACAAGUGCAGCUAAGACGGAUACGAAUACACAUGCAGAUGAGAAUGCUGCCCGACAACAAAAUGAUUCACCGAUUGCCGCCACGCCGGCUGACAGUGGUGAAGAGUCUGAGGAUUUGGAGGCGGCAAGCACUAACACCGCUAACCGGACCACUACACCUUUAUCGACGACAACAGCAGCAGCAUUCGACAGUGAGGAAAUAUCAAUGAUUGAAGGAGGAACUGCUGGAGGAGAGCGUGCCUCGCCAGAGACCACUGUACCAGAGGCGGCGGCCCCAGUGACCCCAAAGACACCAGCGCCAACGCCUACACCCACGUCAACGCCUACAACCACACACACUGAGGGGAAAAGCGUGCGAAUAACGCGGCAUUCCUCACCACUUCUUUUGCUCAGCUCACCCACCACCACCGCCCCCACUACGACAACAUCUGGUUCAAGCUCUGCUAGACGGGAUGCCAGCGAUGGUGACGCAGAAGAGCCGACAACCAGCAGUACCAACAACAACAACAACAGCACCAGCCAAAGUCUAAGAAAGAGUUCCGUGGAGCGUUCUACGGCUCCGGUAAUACGCGGCCGCAAGUCCAUUAAAGACCUUAAAGAAGCCAAAGAGGCAACAAAAUCGGCGGACGUAGCCGAUGAGUCUGGGGUAGCCGUCGAGGUGGGCGAAUCGUCUUCAUCAGCGGAAUUGGAUGAGAAAAAUGACCAGCCAAAAGACACCCAAAAAGACAAGGAUAAGGAGAAGGAAAAAGAGAAAGAAAAGGAAAAGGAACCAGUUACUACACCCACAACCACAUGUAAUCGCGUCACUCGUAAAUCUCUUGCCCAGGAACAGGUCAAUAAUACGCGAAUCACUCGAAAUCGUCGUAAAUCGUCAACAAUUGGCAUUGGGGGAACAUCAGCAGCAGAGCAGCAGCAACAACAAUUGCCACCGGCACGUGGACGAGGUCGAAAGAAAACAGCUGUUGCUGCUGCGGCGGCCAUCCCAAUAGAGGCGGCAGUCAAACGUAAACGAUCAGAGGAUGACGUCGAGGUGGCAGCCAAAUACGCCAAGAUUGAGAUUAAGCCUCCGCCACUGGACGAUGAGCCAGCCGAUGAAGAUGGUGGCGAGGAAGCAUCGUCCUCGAAAUCAUCUACGGUGGCCAUCAAACAGGAACCUCAGGAUAGUGAUACAUCCUCCCCAGCUGCCACGCCAACGCCUACUCCCACGACAGCAAGUUCCCGGCGAGGUAGAGGCCGUCCAAUAACCAAGCAGCAGACUCCCACGGCCUCGUUAUCGGCCACCACCGCCACAUCGACGACGACGACGCGGGCCACACGUCUUAACAAGGCAGGAUCUCCGGGUGUUGUAGUUGCUGCUGAGCCAGCGGCUCCGCCUAAGAGACGACGUGUCGGCUCUACGACGCGUAAGACUGCAUCUACCAGUUCUCUGACGACCACUGGAUCCCAUGGAGCAGGCGAUGAAGAUUCCAAGGACAGCAUGGCCUCUUCUAUGGAUGAUCUGCUCCUUGCUGCGGCUGAUAUCAAACAGGAGAAACUAUUGCCAGACUUUGAUGAAGCGUCCCUCUUGGCUGUGACUCUCAAGGCGGCGGCUGAUGAGGCGGAACCAUCACAGGUGCCGCCUACAUCCACCUCAAUGGCUACUGGAUCCUCCUCGAAUGGUCAUGCCUGUCAUGAACCACUUACGGUGGACACUGAGAGCAGCGAUUCCAAGGCUGUGACUGCGAAAAUUGAGGACACUGCUGUGUGUGUGGCAGCACAGCAGCCGGAGGCGAAAGUCUCAGCUGGAUCCUGUUCAGAAUCAACUUCGGUCAAUGAGACAGCGCCAGGAAAAGCGCCAUCGCUUAGCCCGGAAAUGAUAAGUGAAGGUGUCAGCGCAAUUAGUGUAAAACAAUUUUACAAGAAGCCCGAAUUCUUGGCCAAUAACUUGGGCAUUGAGAAGGAUCCGGAAUUGGGAGAAAUAGUUCAAAUUGUGAGUAACAAUGAUGUGUUGGAAGGCGAAGGCGAAACAGAACACACCCAAACUGAUAUCGAAAUUGCGGUGGCAACCGAGGGGACGACGGACACCGACGAAACGAAAGAACCAGCAAAGGUCGCAGCAAAAGAAGAGUUGGUUAACAGUGAGGAGCAAAAAAGUGAUGACUCUUCCUCGAAUACAUCGAUGAAGGCCGGCGAAUUGCAGUUGCAGGAGAGCGGAGACCUUGUGGAACCAUCAGAGGAAAGCGUUCUUGCGAUUAAUGGAGAUGGAGACGAGGACGGGGAUUCCAAAUUACCAUCAUCGCCAUUGCCGUCUUCAACAACCGCAGCUGAAAAUCAGGUGGAGGCAGAGGCGACAGUCGCCUACGAUGAUAUAGACCAUGAGAUUAUGCAAGAGCUGGCCAAUGAAGGUGUUGUCGAUGCCAGCGGAAAUGCUAUGAGUACCAGCGAUGAGCUUCAGGCCGAGGAAGAGGAGGAGGAGGAGGAGGUACAGGAUGUGCCGCCAAUUGAAGCUCAAAUGGAAAGCAUUAAAGCAGACGAAGAGGAUGACGAUCUGCACAUGGAUGAUCUUCAGGAGGGGGUAAUCGAAUGUGAUACGGUCAAAGAAGGGGAUGAUGAAGUGGAUGCAGAGGAUGAGCAUGUUUCCGAUGGCGAUCUGGCCAUGGAUGUGGACUCAUUUCCAACUGAGGCCGAGGGUGAGGCUGAGUCCGAGGGCGUCGAGCCUGAAAUUGAAACGGAAUCAGCAACAGAUCAGGAAAAUCUACAGUUGGCAGAGCAGCACGACAAUAAUGAAUUUCCCGAGGAGAAUAAGGAAAAUGUGUCCACAUCCACGGGCAGUCAUGAUACCUUGGAUAUCCAAUUAACCAUUAAAGACGAUGAGGAUGAGGAGAAACCAUUGGCUGUUGUGGCGGCCGAACAAAAGCCGAAACGAGGGGCAGAUUUGGAUAUCAAGAGCCAUAUAAGCAUUAAAUCUGAUGUCGUUGUGGAUACAGUCAAAGAGGAUCACGAGGAGGAGGAUGAGAAACCUCUGGCUACUGUGGGCGCCGAGCAAAAACCGAAUAGUAAACUUAAUGGCAAAGAAGUGGAAGAAAACGAAGUUGAUGAUGAUCAGCGUAAGGAGAAGGAGCUGCAUUUACAAAAUCUGGGACUGCUCACUCACCAGGCUGCCGAACUGAUACGUCAGGAGUACAUCCAAGAGGCAAACUCACGCCAGGCUCAGCAGCAAAAUCAGCAGCAGCAGCAGCAGCACAGUGGUAAACGUCAUGGGUCCAAGGGAAGCGGAGGUGGCAGUGCCACCCAUGUGGAAUCCAGUGGAACCCUUAAGACAGUUAUAAAACUAAACAGAAGUAGCAAUGGUGGAGCCUGUGGGCACAGUGGUGUGCCAACUGGCACUGUGAUUCAUGGCUCUGGUGCUGCUUCAGCGGCAGCUUCCUCCUCCGGCUCAUCCAUUGGAGGUGCCGCCGCCGCCACACGCAAGGCCAGCGCUGGCACUGGAACCGGCGUCUCAUCCGGCUCGGCUUAUGGUGUGCGACGACAAUCCCUUAAAAUGACAUUCCAAAAAGGCCGUGCACGCGGUCAUGGGGCUGCAGAUCGUUCCCACGAUCAGCAUGGUGCCCAUGCCGAGGACUCCUACUAUACAAUACAAAAUGAGAACGAAGAUUCAUCACAUUCGGAGGGCCAGGCAGAGCAUGGCUUUUACCAGAUGGUCGUCAAGAAGGAUGAGAAGGAGAAAAUUCUUAUACCAGAGAAGGCAUCGUCGUUCAAGUUUCAUCCUGGUCGUCUAUGCGAGGAUCAAUGCUAUUAUUGUAGCGGCAAAUUUGGGCUAUACGAUACACCCUGCCAUGUGGGACAGAUUAAGUCGGUGGAAAGGCAACAAAAGAUUCUAGCCAGUGAGUAUGAGGAGAAAUUGACGGUGGACAAUUGCCUGUGUGAUGCCUGUUUCCGACAUGUGGACAGGCGAGCGAAUGCUCCAUCAUAUAAGAAACGACUUUCGGCUCCGGGACAUUUGGAAACUGGUGGUGGUGUGCCUGGUUCCGGCGUUCCUGCGGAUAAGCAUUACUCUGGUGAUGGUGUGGACAAUGAAUUCGGUCAAGUGCCACCAGGUGGAGGAGGAGGCACUAGUCAACAACAACAACAACAGAGGGCUUGCGCUAUUAAAGAUUGUGGCGAUUCGGCUGGACAUUCGCUGCGGCGUAAAUGCAUACGCAAGAGUGUUAAGAAGUGUCUGCUUAACUUUGAGAUUCCAGCUGGCACCUCGAAUGUCUGGUUAUGCGAUGCCCACUACAAUACAGUCAUUCAAUCAUCCGGUUGUGUGCUCUGCAAGCGACGCCUUGGCAAGAAUCAUAUGUAUCACAUAACAUCGCAGGACACUGAUCGAUUGGAGAAAGCCCUAUCCGAAAUGGGCAUUCCCGUUCAGCUUGGAGUGGGCACAGCUGUAUGCAAGCUGUGUCGCUACUUUGCUAAUCUUCUGAUGAAGCCGCCGGAUAGCACCAAAUCCAUUAAAGCCGAGUUUGUCAAGAACUAUCGCCUGAGACUACUCAAAGUGCACAAUCUGCAGGAUGGCAGUAAUGAGGCAUCUGAGGCAGAUGACGAAGAGUUGCUUAAUGCUGCCGUCACUCCUGCUAGUGGGGCCAGCCAGGCGACAACAUUGGCUGCCUCUGAUGAUCAGGAAAUGGCCAUGGUGGUGGAUUAUGAUGGACCCACUGAUUCCAAUUCGAGUAGUUCCUCAACAACGACCACUGGCAACAAUGCAUGUAGUGCCAUAAAGCAAAUGUCUAAGCUGGAGGCCAUUCUGCAACAGAGUUUAGUAGACGGCGAUGCAUCGACGAGAAUUGCUUCAGGUGCGACAUCUGCUGCUGCUGCAUCGGCAUCCAGUAAUGCCAAUUCCAAAUCUGGAUCUGAUAUCUCAAAUGUCUUGCGUGGCAAUCCCAACAUAUCCAUGAGAGAGCUCUUCCAUGGCGAAGAAGAGCUUGGCGUGCAGUUUAAAGUCCCAUUCGGUUGCAGCAGCAGUCAACGCACACCCGAAGGAUGGACCCGGGUGCAAACAUUCUUGCAAUAUGAUGAGCCCACGCGUCGCUUGUGGGAGGAAUUGCAGAAGCCGUAUGGCAAUCAGAGCUCGUUCCUGCGUCACCUAAUUCUACUUGAGAAGUAUUAUCGCAAUGGGGAUCUUGUGCUGUCUCCCCAUGCCUCCUCCAAUGCUUCAGUUUACACGGAAACAGUGCGUCAGCGCCUCAAUUCGUUUGAUCAUGGUCAUUGUGGUGGUCUAUCGACCACUAUUGGUAGCGGCAAGCGUUCAUCUUCAACGGCUACUGCUGCUGCUUCAGCGACCACGAGUGGUGGUGGUGGCCCUGCCAUUUCGGUAACUGCCCUUGCACCUACGGAGAAGGUGAAUCCGAGCGCAGCAGAGACUGUCAUUCCUUUGGUGGAACUUAAUGACGAUGAUGAUGGCGAUCAACCGCCACAUCAUCAUACUGUGGGACCAAUUGAUGUAGAUGCCCCCUCCUCUUCCUUGGAGCGACUCAGCAAUGCCUCCGUUGAUAAAUUGACCAAACAGCUUAGCUCAAAUGCUGUGACAAUAAUUGCCCGACCCAAAGACAAACAGCAGCAGCAGCAUCAUCAACAGUCAACCUCUGCCUCUGCAGCGACAACGUCUCCACCUCCGCCGUCAAUAACAAACGUUCAAUCCUCCAAGGAUGCACCACCGCUUGUGCCUACCAGCAGUGGGGCAAAUAGUCGGAGUAUAUUAAAGACCAAUCUCUUGGGCAUGAACAAGUCAGUGGAGAUUGUGCCGUUGCCAUCAUCUGUAACUGCCACUACCACAACGACAUCGUCGUCAUCAUCAUCAUCAUCAACAUCAUCGGCGGCACCACCACCCCCUAUCUUAAUACAGGCAUCGAACAACAAUAACAACAACAACAACAGCAGCAGCAAACCGCCACCAGCAGCCAGUCUGGAAAAGCCGCACAAAAUUUUAGAUGUGGCCAAUAAGUUGCUUAAUAGCCAAAACGAGGCACAACAACAUUCAGCUAGUUUACUCACAAUGCCGCCCAAGCUAAAGCCAGCCCUAUCCAACUCAUCGUUGCCAUUAGCUGGCAGCGGGGGUGGCGGCAGCGUUUUAGGAAUGAAGCCACAAUUGCUUAGUUCACCGCCGGAAUUGAUAAGCCUUCAGCGUAGAAGAGCCGGUGCAGCGGUUGCUGCUGCAGGUGGUGGUGGUGGUUCUGGGCCCACCUCUAUUGCCGGAGUAGCGGCAAUGGCCGCAGCAGCAUCCAGUCUGCUGGGUAAUAUGUCUAACAAACGAUUGCAAUUGCCAAGAGCCGGUGGCGGUGGCGGUGGCGGCGGCAGUGGCAGUACACGUCCAUCGGGACCACCACCAAAUGUUGUCAUUCUGCCAGAGACACUGACACCCCAGGAACGACACGAGAGCAAAAGUUGGAAACCAACACUGAUUCCACUCGAGGAUCAGCAUAAAGUGCCCAAUAAGUCGCAUGCUCUGUACCAAACAGCCGACGGACGACGUCUGCCUGCCCUGGUGCAGGUGCAGUCUGGCGGCAAGCCUUAUCUCAUCUCCAUUUUCGACUACAAUCGCAUGUGCAUAUUGCGACGCGAGAAACUGCUCAGGGACCAGAUGCUCAAGGCCAAUGCCAAGCCAAAAGUGGGACAAACGCAGCAACAGCAGCAGCAGCAGCAGUCAUCAAAUGUUGCAGGUUCGGCUGCUGAAUUGUUGAAUUUUGCCAAAAUGACACAGCAGCAGCACCAGACAGCUCGGCAGCAAAUCCAGCAAAUGCAACAGAAGCUCCAACAAAAGCAGCAGCAACACCACCAUCAUCACCAACAACAACAGCAACAACAACAACAACAACAACAAAUGCCAACACUCCAGCCAGGCGGCGGAGGGGGGUCUGCCAACAGUAAUCUACGUUUGGCACGUCUAGCUCCCAAGCCGAUGCCGCCACUGACCAAUCCGACACAGAAUUUGAAUGCAGCUGCCGCUGUUGCAAAUUUUCCACCACUGCUGGCCAAUGCUUUGGUCAAUAGCAACAACAAUAAUCCGCUUGACAGUAAUAGCUCAUGGCUGUGGAAGAAUUUUCCGGAUGCCAAUCAGUAUUUGCUUAACGGUAAUGGUGGUGGAUCAUCGGGCCCAGCAGGCGGCGGAGGCUGUAAAAUGCCCCAUCUUACGGCCAAAUCGUCAACAUCCACCACAGGCAGUAGCAGUAGCAGCAACAGCGGAAGUAACCUCAAGAUGGGCAACAGCAGCAGCAGCAGCUACACUCUUAAGCAGCAGCAACAUCAACAAAAACUCAUUGAGAAUGCCAUCAUGUCCAAGAUACCCAAAAGUCUGACCGUCAUACCUCAGCACAUUGGCAAUGAAGCAGCAGCAAGCGGAGCAAGUGCCGCCUCUAACAAGGAUUGACAAUGAUGAUAAUGAUAAUGACGACUGCCAGAACGAUCCAAAUCGCGCCUCCUCCCUCUCCCCAACCCCACAUCCCCAAAUAGAAUUCAUGAUUCCCGCUACUUGGUUGGCCAUGGAUGAUAUCACAAAUUCCAUUUCCACCCCCUCCAAAAAAAAAAAAAAAAAUAUAUAUAUAUAUACAUAAAAUUGUCAUCGUUUUAGGCAUAGAAUUAAGACUAUAUAACUAGAGAUAUCUACUAAGACUUAAGUUGAAAACUUAACAGAUGUAGAAAUGAAAUUAUGCAAGAUGAAGCAAGAGAUGAUAAAAAGCAAAUAGACAUAACCCCCUUCCCCCAGCUCCUAUAAGCCCCAAAACAAAAGAAUCAAUAUAGAUCUUUAAGCCAGCUUACAUAUAGCAUGAUAUGUGUAUUGUAAAUUUUACGUUAUGAAUACGAUUAGGUCGUAAGUAAUUAGGCUGUUUUGUAGACGGCGUGUUUUUGAAAUCAUCUCUGGAUACGCCUUAAAUAUUAGUUGCAACCUUACAGAUACA